GAGGUUUUGCCUAGCACCCCAAAUCUGAUGGCAGCCUUAGCACAGUUAGUGGGAUAUACCUGCAAACUCUGCUUCCGUCACGUAUCAAGUUACCACCAGUCUUCUCUUGUGUCACCUGCCUCUCCUGAACUGCAGACCUAACACUGUGAAACUCUGUAUUCAAGAAUAAGGGGCAAUUAAUAUAGGCACUAUGGUUUGUAUGAGGUUAAAGUAUCUUAACUGGAGAAUGAAAAAUUCUUAAUCAGAGAUGGUGCUGCUGAAGUUUCCUGAAGUAAUUUAUAUGUUCUUUUUUUAUAUAGUAUUCUCUUUCUUCUAAAAUGGCAUCAUUUAUUUUAAUCGAGGGAGGGGGAGAUUCUUGCUACCUUUUCAGUGACAGCAAAUCAACUAAUGACCUGUUGCCAUACUUACGUAGCACAUACCUUUUGGUCAAAGAUACCUGCAUUUUACUGAAAAUAAAUGAACAACCCCAUCUUGAAUUACUUUUUGAUAUCCUUUAGAAGUUACAGUACUGUCCCUUUUAAACUUUUUUCAACUUACAAAGAUCUCAGAUGGAAUCACCAUUUGUUAGAGACUACACACGUAAGAUGUUAAAUGUGAAUGACGUACAAUAUAUUUCAAAAGGAUCCAGGAAAGCUAACCCCAAAUAAAUACUAACUAUUUCUAUUGUGCUUUUACAGCAGCAGUAUCAAAGUGCCCUAUUUUGGGCAGACAAAGUAGCUUCGCUGUCUCAUGAAGAACCACAAGAUAUCUACUGGUUGGCCCAAUGUCUUUACCUAACAGCUCAGUAUCAUAGGGCAGCACAUGCCCUUCGAUCACGUAAGUUGGAUAAGUUAUAUGAAGCAUGUCGCUACCUUGCAGCUAGAUGUCAUUAUGCUGCCAAAGAACAUCAACAGGCCUUGGAUAUUCUUGAUAUGGAAGAGCCAAUCAACAAAAGACUUUUUGAAAAGUACUUGAAGGAUGAAACUGGACUGAAAGACUCUGCCACAGAGUGGGAGAUGUCACAAUCCUCUGGAGCCCAUUUGAUUUGUGCUCAAAAACAAAUUGCAAACAUUGAUUAAGUCUUUGACCUCCAGCCCUGCUUUUCCACCAGAUCAAGAGCUCUAUAUGCCUUCUGCGCGGGAAGAUCUAUGAUGCUUUGGAUAAUAGAACCCUAGCAACAUACAGCUACAAAGAGGCCUUGAAGCUUGAUGUUUACUGCUUUGAAGCAUUUGAUCUUUUAACAUCGCACCAUAUGCUGACAGCACAGGAAGAAAAAGAACUUCUUGAAUCUCUACCUCUCAGUAGACAAUGUACAGAAGAAGAACAAGAAUUGCUUCACUUUUUAUUUGAGAAUAAAUUGAAAAAGUAUAAUAAACCCAGUGAAACACUGAUUCCUGAAUCAGUAGAUGGUCUUCAGGAAAACCUGGAUGUGGUAGUAUCCUUAGCUGAAAGACAUUAUUAUAACUGUGACUUCAAAAUGUGUUACAAGCUUACUUCAGUAGUAAUGGAAAAAGAUCCUUUCCAUGCAAAUUGUUUACCUGUGCAUAUAGGGACACUUGUGGAGCUUAAUAAAGCAAAUGAGCUUUUCUAUCUUUCUCACAAACUGGUGGACUUGUACCCAAAUAAUCCUGUGUCGUGGUUUGCAGUAGGAUGCUACUAUCUCAUGGUUGGCCACAAAAAUGAACAUGCCAGAAGAUAUCUCAGCAAAGCUACUACACUUGAGAGAACCUACGGACCUGCGUGGAUAGCAUAUGGACAUUCAUUUGCAGUUGAGAGUGAGCAUGACCAAGCAAUGGCUGCAUACUUCACAGCUGCACAGCUCAUGAAAGGAUGUCAUUUGCCGAUGCUCUAUAUUGGACUGGAAUAUGGUUUGACCAACAACUCAAAAUUAGCUGAAAGGUUUUUCAGCCAAGCUUUAAGCAUUGCACCUGAAGAUCCUUUUGUUAUGCAUGAAGUUGGAGUGGUUGCAUUUCAAAAUGGAGACUGGAAAACUGCAGAAAAGUGGUUUCUUGAUGCACUGGAGAAAAUCAAAGCUAUUGGAAAUGAGGUGACAGUUGAUAAGUGGGAGCCUUUACUGAAUAACUUAGGACAUGUCUGCAGAAAACUCAAGAAAUAUGAAGAAGCACUGGAAUACCAUCGCCAGGCUCUAGUACUGAUUCCUCAAAAUGCUUCUACUUACUCUGCCAUUGGCUACAUACACAGUCUAAUGGGCAAUUUUGAAAGCGCAAUCGACUAUUUUCAUACGGCCCUUGGUCUUAGGAGGGAUGACACAUUUUCAGUCACGAUGCUUGGACAUUGCAUAGAAAUGUAUAUUGGUGAUUCUGAAGCCUACAUUGGAACAGAAAUCAAAGACAAAUUAAGAUGUUACGACUUUGAUGUACACACAAUGAAGACAUUAAAGAACAUAAUUUCACCUCCCUGGGAUUUCAGAGAAUUCGAUAUAGAAAGACAAACUCUGGAUGAAAGUGGCAUAGUAACGUUAGAGACAUCACAUCAAAGGAAAAGUACAGAUACCAGUCGCCCAUUGGAAGAAACAUUUGAGAUUGAAAUGAAUGAAAGUGAUAUGAUGUUAGAAACAUCGAUGUCAGAUCACAGUACGUGACCAUAAAUGCUGGUAGAGCGCUCAUUUUGUCUAAGUGUAAUACGUUUGUUUUAGCAUUUUUGUUAUGGUAUUAUACUUUCAAGAAUUUGCUAUUUUUAUAUGAAUUCAAACUACUACUCUGUACUUAACACCAGAGAAGAAAUGCUUGCCUUAAGGAUAAUUAAAAAGUAUACAUGACGGACUGUUUCUACAAAAUUAAUCAUACAUGAUGAAGUAAAAAAUAAAUUCACUUUUUUUUUUAAAAACUGUUUACUGAUCCAUGUGUCUGCCAUCAGUUAAGACUGUGAAGGUUUAAAAAUAGUACUUAACAUGGAAUUGUUUACAAUGUUGCUAAAUUGGAUAGCCAGUCUAAAAUAGUAGUAUUGUGGCUUCUGAGUUUUCAUCCUGUCUGUGAGGAAUACUUUCUUAGUAAAUAGACCAAAAACAUCCGUGAAGUUUUAUACUUACUACUUUAUAAAUAUGUAUUCCUUUAAGGAGCAAUUUCAGCGGCUUUCCAUAAUUUGACUCUUAAUUUGGCAUACAUCGAAUCAAUGACAAAGCAUGUUACUCUGUUAUACUUUCUCCUAGUUAUUAAUUUCUGUUCCUUAUCACUCUAUGUUGUAUAACUGGCAGAUCAUUUAAAGAAUUGUUUCUGGUAAGCUGACUAGACAACAAACGUGAAUGGCGUAAACAUUAAGAUAAUUCAGUCUUCCCUGGAAUUACUGUUAUAAUAAAGUUGUAAGCCACAGUGUACUACUGCAGGGACCACAGUCAUUCUCUUUACACAUGGUUGCUUUGUCAGUGCAAAGGAUUAACUGAAUAAUACACAUACACAGUUUUUACACGUGGUAUUUUUAAAUGUCAUUGGUUCACUGAAAAAUGAAGUAGUAAAACUCUGAAACAGAAGUGAUUUGUCCAUCCACUAAACAGGACAGGUCUGUUUGCCGCCUUAGCAUGAAUGUUGAACGUAUUUUGUGUAAAUUUUUCCCUUCCCUUCUCUUCUUGCCUGUUCCACGUAUGUCAUUGUGUGGAGCUUAAAAUUAAACACGUAAUGCUA